UACAAGGAGCCUGCCUAAGCCGGUCCGCCAUGUUAGGGCUGUUGUAACUGCUGAGGAGGGGGUUCUAGUGCUGCGCUUGUGGUUGUUACGACGUGGGCUACUGCUAGAGCCGUGGCGGGCGGUGAGUGGGGGCCCCGACUGCCUGUCCGUCCGUCUCCCCCUUCCUCCCCCCCCCCUGAAAUCUGGGUCAGUGGGUGACUGCGGGCUGGGGCUGCCUGGUAGGGUUGCCUGACAGGGCUUCCCUUGCCUCCCGAGGAGCAUGGAGCCGCAAGUGAACCUUCGCGUCAACUACCGCGGGGAAACCCAGAGCUUCCUGGUGUCAGACACAGCGCACACAACGUGGGCCGACGUGGAGGCCAUGGUUAAAGUUUCAUUUGACCUGGAUGACAUUCAGAUAAAAUACAUCGAUGAGGAUGAUGACGAGGUGUCUGUAAAUAGCAAAGAGGAAUACGAAGAAGCUCUGAAGAUUGCAGUUAAACAAGGAAAUCAACUUCAGAUGAAUGUGUAUAAAGAAAGCUCUCCUCUGAAAGAAACUUCAUCUUGUUCUUGGCAACUGCAUGAAAAAACAGUCACAGAGAAGGUGGCGGUUCUUAAAGAUGAGCUGACAGCUCAGAAGUUAAAUCACAAUAGAACAGGAAGAACAAAUGAAAGUCCUCCAGAAUGGUUUACUAGCUACUUGGAAACAUUCAGGGAACAAGUGGUGAAGGAAACUGUUGAAAAACUGGAGCAGAAACUAUAUGAGAAGCUUAUUCAGCACAAUCAGUCUUCAGAAUUCUCCGAGAGCUGUAUUACAACAGCACCUCCCAGUUCAGAGACCCAAACAAAGAAUGGUAGUCAACCUGACUGGCUAAUCUCCUGCUGCAACUGCCAGGCUCGAAUUGUUGGAGUUCGCUACCAGUGCAGUCUCUGUCCAGCCUACAACAUUUGUGAGCAGUGUGAAGCAGGAAUGUAUGCACACGAUCCUAAUCAUAUAUUGCUAAAGCUACGAAGACCUAUGCUAUGUAUUGCUGAAAACUAUGAUGUUGCACAGUUUUCUCCUUGCCAGCCCACUACUCUGGAGCAAGUUAGGCUCCAGAAGCAGAUAGACAAAAGAUUUCUGAAGGCAGAAAAGCAGAGGUUACGAGCAGAGAAGAAACAGCGAAAGGCAGAGGUCCGAGAGCUCAAAAAGCAGCUAAAGUUGCACAGGAAAAUUCAUCUGUGGAACUCUGUCCCUGUAUUGGAAACCAGUGGCUCGCCAACUCUGAAGCCAGAAAAUCUCCAACACAGUACCGUACCGAGUCUCAGUCAACACUUCCAAGCAGUUGUCCCAACACUGAGUGCAGUUUUUGUGGAUGAGAAUUUGCCAGAUGGGACUCGCUUGCAGCCAGGAACAAAGUUCAUCAAGCACUGGCGAAUGAAAAAUACUGGCAAUGUGGAAUGGAGCUCAGACACAAAGCUGAAACUUAUGUGGGGAAAUCUCACUUUGGCAUCUUCUGAGAAAAAGGAUGUGUUGGUGCCAUCCAUAUCAACAGGACAAGUUGGGACUGUUUCAGUUGAGUUUGUGGCUCCCACUAUAGAAGGAACUUAUACCUCUCACUGGAGGCUGUCGCACAGAGGGGAACAGUUUGGACCUAGAAUCUGGUGCAGUAUUGUUGUGGAUCCCUCCCCAGCUACUGACUCUUUAGAAGACAGUUGGAAGGAUUUUGAUAAAGAUAAUAUAUCCAGUAACAAACAGGAUGCUUACUUGAAGACAGAAAGAAAUGCUAACGUUACAGGUGAAAUUGUGGAACAGGCUGAGAUAUCUCUGCCAACUUGUCCUUUGAAGAUGAAAAAUCUAGCCAGUGAGAGAGAAUUCUAUAUCCCAUCUGUUGAUCUUCUCACUGCACAGGAUUUGCUGUCCUUUGAGCUAUUGGACAUCAAUAUUGUACAGGAAUUAGAGCGAGUGCCACACAAUACUCCUGUUGACAUGACUCCAUGCAUGUCCCCUUUGCCACAUGAUAGCCUCUUGCUAGAGAAACCUGGCUUAGGUCAGAUAGAGGAGGAAAAUGAGGGGAGUGGAUUUAAACCAAUGUCUGGUACUUGUAUGGUGAAAAUGAAAACUGAGCAUCCACUGAACCAAGAAGAAGGGGAAGAAGAUAUGAGCGGGACUCAGUUUGUCUGCGAAACUGUAAUUCGCUCUCUGACUCUGGAUGCUGCACCUGACCAUAAGCCCCCACAAAAAAAUAAAUCCCUGAAGAAUUCUUUGCAAACAUUCCAAGACGCUUUCAGUUGUAAUGUGAUAAAUGAAGAAACUUCUAGGAUAAAAACUCAGUCUGUUUCUAAAAAGGAAUCAAAGAUCCAUCAGUCAGAGGCAAUGGCAGAAAAUGGCAAUGAUGAGCUUCUACUGUCUGAUGAGAGAACAGACUGCAUUACUGUCAGAUUUGACGAAGAUGAAGGUGAUGAUAAAGAUGAUGUUCAAAGUCAAGGCUCGUCGUCUUCAUCAGAGGAUUAUAUCAUUAUUCUCCCUGAGUGCUUUGAUACCAGCCGUCCUUUAGGGGAGUCCAUGUAUAGUUCAGCUCUUUCUCAGCCCAGCCUGGAAAAGACAGGAGAAUCUGAAACAGGGGCAGGGAAUUCAGAAGGGGAAAGGCACCCACAGACACACAGCAUCGGUGAAGUUUUGACAACUUCACAAACACUGGCUGUAGUACCAUUGGCCUCGGAAGUUGUGGACACCUUACCCCAGACAGAAAGAAAUCUUGCAUCUCUUCAGAAUCAUAUCUUCCAAGAACCAAACAUACCAACUUCAGAGAAUGUCUCUUCCACUCCUUAUAAUCAAAUAAGAGAAGAACCUAGUGGUGAAGACAGGCAUGAAUCAGAAUCUUCUGUAUUUCUAACUAGUAUCCGGAAGGGCUCAGAAUACGCAAGGCACCCACAAGGAGGCAGUAUUGCAGGAGAUCUAGUUAAAGGAGCUUUGUCAGUUGCUGCCUCUGCCUACAAAGCAUUAUUCGCUGGACCGCCCAUUACAGAACAGCCUGCAGCCACAGAAGAGCACACUGCUGCUCUUCUAUCCAGUCUGUGUGAGAUGGGAUUCUGUGACAGCCAGUUAAACCUGCGACUGCUGAAGAAGCACAACAAUAAUAUGGUUCAGGUGGUAACUGAAUUGCUUCAAAUUAGUAAUGGUGACUGGUAUAGCAACAGAUGCUGAACCUUCCUGGUGGAGGGAUGAAUCGCCUUAGUUGAGCAAAUUCUCACUAAACACUACAUUAGCAGGCUGAGCUUCAACUACUUUGGAGAUAUAGAUAAAACUUUGACUUCUCUUUGAGCUUUUGACUUUUUCCUCAUGGAAAUGUCAAACAAUGCUUGUCAGAACAUUUUACAAAUCGGAGACAGAAUUUCACCUUCACUCUUGCUGAAAUCAGAUGUAUUGAAGUUGGUAACUUUAUACUGAAUCCUUUUUACCUGGAAAUGUUAUAGAAUGACUUCAGCCUGCACACUUCCCCUUUUAUUAUAUGUAAAAUACUUUUAGGCAGCUGGGAGCUCGUUUUGUUGAUUUCUAACACGUUUCCUGUUACAAAGUUUAAACUGCUUCUGUAAAAUGUGGUCUUGUCUAAUUUACAAGAGAUACCUGCUACUUGGAGGCUGUUUCUUCUGAUAUGAUAUAGUUAUCAAUUCAUGAUAGCAGUGUAACAGAUUUAAACCUUACGAAUCAUUCUUUGGGGGUGUGUGAGGGGAGGGUGUAUUGGGAGGGGGGAGGGGGGAAGGACAUGUUGCUCAUAUGUUAAAAUUAGUCUUGAACCAUCAAAUGACUUCUGAAAAGCCUGAAGUUAAUUUGAACGGAUGUAUACCAGGAAAAUCACCGUUUCUUGUAGCAGAAUAAAGUGUAAGAGUUAAUUUACCAGCAGCUAUUAACUGUAACCAUUUGUAGUAAUUAUAACAGUAAACUUAUGUCUAACAAAAAAUAUAGCCUACAUAAAAUAUUUUGUUAAAAAUUGAGUUCUACUGUAGGAAAAACCUUUUGAAGAACCUUUGAGAAGGUUCUUUAGGGGAAAAAAAAAAAAAAAGGUGUAAAAACUGAACCCCUAUGUUUUUUCUGUGUUGUGCAGACAUCUUAAUACUACAUAAAGAGUUAAAGUGCAUAAAAAGCCAAACUUGAACUGGAAUUUGAAUUCUGGUCACAUUUGGGAAACAAACCCCACCACCACCUGAGGUAGGGGUUGUGCAACCUACCUUAAUUUGAAAAACAUAACUUAAGCAGUGUUAAAUAUGUAGUCUCUGGCAGUGGUUCUAGCUGCUUUUGUGUUUCUGUAAACACAUCUAUAGAAUUUGCUUUUUCUCACAAUUUUUCCUUACAUACACAUGCUUAUUUCGAAGUUUAAGAAUUCCCUCCCAAACAUCCUGAGAGGUGAUUUGAUUCUGAAGAAUCGCAAGAAACCAGUUUCCAUACGCUGCUGUGCAGUGGUGUAUCUAUAGAUAAUUGCUCUGAAAGUGACAGCAAUGUUGACUACAUUCUUUCUUUUGAGUAAACUUCCUUAGUUGCUGCAGUAGGAGACCAGUGAUACUGAGAUAUGAAUACUACUGCUGCUUCAAAAUAAGGUGUUGUUAUUUUGACACAAUAUAGCUGAAGCAGCUAUCAGUACUCAGACUGAUCAAAUGAUCAGUAUUAGUUUUUUAAAGACCUAAUACUCUCCAUGGUAAGAUACCAUUAAAAUAAGUGAAGAAAAAUAUGUAUCAUACUGUUUCUGUUUUAAACCUAUUUUUAUAGAUUGUGGAAGGUAAACUCUUAAAUGCUUAUUUUGGAAUACAGUAGGACUAUUUUGCGGUGUAUCCCAUCUGUCUGUACCCCAGUACAGCUAUCUACUGUGGACCAGAUAGACUUUUCUGUAAAUUGAAAUCAUGGUAUUUCUCACUAUAACUUACACAUACUGAUUUGAUUAUCUUUUGGCUUGUGCUUACUGAGGAGGAGGAGAGGACAUGGAUAAAUGUAGUAGCUGGUGAAGUUAUUAAACUUAAUCUGGUUGUCUGCUUUGAUCUGUAAUGUCCAGCAGCACUUGCUCUUUCUCUGUAUACCCUCAUACUUAAGAUGUUAAUGUGUUCUAUAAAUAAACAAAACACUAUAAAAUGUUUGAGGAAAAGCACUUCAUUGCAGAUUGAAUUGUGAAGUGUGAAAUAAUGUUUUCUUUAGGUUACCUUUUACUAGAGGCUAGAUAGUGUAUGCUCAGGCUUAAGAUGUAUUUCUGUUGGCUUUGUAUAUUAAUGCAUGGUAUAAUUUAUAAUAUAUUCUAUAGUACAAAUAUGACCUGUACCUUGUUUAGGAUAAGCUCUUUAAAUUCAACUGUGAUGUAGGGGAGAGAAGGGUAGAAGACCACGUUUUCCUCUGACCUUACAAUAAAUCUCUUUAUCUGG